CCUCCCGCCGCCCUCGGCCCGUCGCCCCCCUCCCGGCGGAGGGACCCCCGGCCCCGCUGGGUGCCGGGCUGGACAUCGCCGCGCACGUGCCGCCCGGAGCCGCCCCGCCGAUGGAGUCCGAGAUGCUGCAGUCGCCUCUGCUGGGGCUCGGCGAGGAGGAUGAGUCCGACCUGACGGACUGGAACCUGCCCCUGGCCUUCAUGAAGAAGAGGCACUGCGAGAAGAUCGAAGGCUCCAAGUCUUUGGCCCAGAGCUGGAGGAUGAAGGACCGGAUGAAGACUGUAAGUGUUGCCUUAGUUUUGUGCCUAAAUGUCGGCGUGGACCCUCCUGAUGUGGUGAAAACAACUCCCUGUGCCCGCCUGGAAUGCUGGAUCGAUCCUCUGUCCAUGGGGCCCCAGAAGGCUCUGGAAACCAUCGGGGCCAACCUGCAGAAGCAGUACGAGAACUGGCAGCCAAGGGCCAGGUACAAGCAGAGCCUGGACCCGACGGUGGACGAGGUGAAGAAGCUGUGCACGUCCCUGCGGCGCAACGCCAAGGAGGAGCGGGUGCUGUUCCACUACAACGGGCACGGCGUGCCCCGGCCCACCGUCAACGGGGAGAUCUGGGUCUUCAACAAGAACUACACUCAGUACAUCCCACUCUCCAUAUACGACCUGCAGACCUGGAUGGGGAGUCCUUCCAUCUUCGUCUACGACUGCUCCAACGCCGGCCUUAUUGUCAAGUCCUUCAAGCAAUUUGCACUACAGAGGGAGCAGGAGCUGGAGGUGGCUGCCAUCAACCCCAACCACCCCCUGGCGCAGAUGCCGCUGCCCCCCUCCAUGAAGAACUGCAUCCAGCUGGCAGCCUGCGAGGCCAACGAGCUGCUGCCCAUGAUCCCCGACCUGCCAGCCGACCUGUUCACCUCCUGCCUCACCACCCCCAUCAAGAUCGCCCUGCGCUGGUUCUGCAUGCAGAAGAGUGUCAGGCUGGUGCCAGGAGUCACGCUGGAUUUAAUAGAGAAGAUUCCUGGAAGGCUGAACGACAGGAGGACUCCCCUGGGAGAGCUGAACUGGAUCUUCACAGCCAUCACAGACACCAUUGCCUGGAACGUCCUGCCCAGGGAUCUUUUCCAGAAGCUCUUCCGGCAGGACCUGCUCGUGGCCAGUUUGUUCCGGAACUUUCUCCUGGCAGAGAGGAUCAUGAGGUCGUACAACUGCACCCCCGUGAGCAGCCCCCGGCUCCCCCCCACCUACAUGCACGCCAUGUGGCAAGCCUGGGACCUGGCUGUUGACAUUUGCCUUUCCCAGUUACCCACAAUUAUCGAGGAGGGAACUGCCUUCAGGCACAGCCCCUUCUUCGCAGAGCAGCUCACGGCGUUCCAGGUGUGGCUGACCAUGGGCGUGGAGAACCGCAACCCCCCGGAGCAGCUGCCCAUCGUCCUGCAGGUGCUGCUGAGCCAGGUACACCGACUGCGAGCUCUGGAUCUGCUGGGAAGAUUCCUGGACCUGGGUCCCUGGGCUGUCAGUUUGGCCCUCUCUGUUGGCAUUUUCCCAUAUGUGCUGAAGCUACUUCAGAGUUCAGCCCGUGAGCUGCGACCACUCCUUGUCUUCAUCUGGGCCAAAAUCCUGGCAGUGGACAGUUCGUGCCAGGCUGACCUGGUGAAGGACAAUGGACACAAGUAUUUCCUUUCGGUUCUGGCAGAUCCUUAUAUGCCAGCUGAACACAGGACAAUGACAGCAUUUAUCCUGGCUGUGAUUGUGAACAACUACAACACUGGGCAGGAAGCCUGCCUUCAGGGAAACCUGAUUGCCAUUUGCCUGGAGCAGCUGAACGAUCCCCACCCGCUCCUCAGGCACUGGGUGGCCAUUUGUCUGGGCCGGAUUUGGCAGAACUUUGACUCGGCCAGGUGGUGUGGAGUGAGAGACAGCGCUCAUGAGAAGCUCUACAGUCUCCUCUCGGAUCCAAUCCCAGAGGUUCGCUGUGCCGCGGUCUUCGCCCUGGGGACGUUCGUGGGGAACUCUGCGGAGCGCACGGAUCACUCCACCACCAUCGACCACAACGUGGCCAUGAUGCUGGCCCAGCUCAUCAACGACGGCAGCCCCAUGGUGCGCAAGGAGUUGGUGGUGGCCCUGAGUCACCUGGUGGUUCAGUACGAGAGCAAUUUCUGCACCGUGGCUUUGCAGUUCAUAGAAGAGGAGAAGAAUUACCCUCUGCCUUCUCCAGCUGCCACAGAGGGGGGCAGCCUGACGCCGGUGCGGGACGGGCCGUGCACGCCGCGGCUGCGCUCGGUCAGCUCCUACGGCAACAUCCGAGCCGUCACCACGGCCAGGAACCUCAACAAGUCCUUGCAGAACCUCAGCCUGAAUGAGGAGUCUGGAAGCUCUGUUGCAUUUUCCCCUGGGAACCUGAGCACGAGCAGCAGUGCCAGCAGCACCUUGGGCAGCCCCGAGAACGAGGAGUACAUCCUGUCCUUUGAGACCAUCGACAAGAUGAGACGAGUCAGCUCCUACUCCUCCCUGAACUCCCUCAUAGGUGUGAGUUUCAACAGUGUUUAUACCCAAAUUUGGAGAGUGCUCCUUCACUUGGCUGCCGACCCCUAUCCCGACGUCUCCGACCUGGCCAUGAAGGUUCUCAACAGCAUUGCCUACAAGAUAAUGCAAGUGGGACUGGCCUGCAGACUGAAGCCACAACGGCUCUCCAACCCAGGUGAACUAGUACAUGCCACGGUCAACGCUCGCCCCCAGCGCAUCCUGGACACCUCCUCGCUCACCCAGUCGGCCCCCGCCAGCCCCACCAACAAGGGGAUGCACAUCCACCAAGUGGGAGGGUCCCCCCCAACCACGAGCACGAGCAGCUCCAGCCUGACCAACGAUGUGACCAAGCAGCCCGUGAGCCGGGACAUGGCGUCCGUGCGACCUGCCAACGUGGGCAACAUGGGGGUCCAGUACACCCCCCACUCCCACCAGUUCCCCAGGACGAGGAAAAUGUUCGACAAAGGGCCAGAACAGACGGCCGACGAUGCCGAUGACGCCGUCGGGCACAAGAGUUUCAUCUCGGCCUCGGUGCAGACGGGCUUCUGCGACUGGAGCGCCAAGUACUUUGCUCAGCCCGUGAUGAAGAUCCCCGAAGAGCACGACCUGGAGAGCCAGAUCCGCAAGGAGAGGGAGUGGCGGUUCCUGCGCAACGCCCGGGUCAGGAAGCAGGCCCAGAAGAUCAUCCAGAAGGGGAUUUCCCGGCUGGAUGAUCAGAUCUUCCUCAACAGGAACCCCGGCGUCCCCUCGGUGGUGAAGUUCCACCCCUUCACGCCCUGCAUCGCCGUGGCCGACAAGGACAGCAUCUGUUUUUGGGACUGGGAGAAAGGGGAGAAGCUGGACUAUUUCCACAAUGGGAACCCUCGGUACACCCGGAUCACAGCGAUGGAGUACCUGAAUGGACAGGACUGCUCCUUGCUGCUGACUGCCACAGACGAUGGUGCCAUCAGAGUGUGGAAGAACUUUGCAGACCUGGAGAAGAACCCAGAGAUGGUGACGGCCUGGCAGGGGCUGUCGGACAUGCUGCCAACCACACGAGGUCUGGCCCGAAGGGUUUCAAUCUAUCUUGACAGAAGUAAGCAGGGAGGGGCAGGGAUGGUGGUCGACUGGGAACAAGAAACUGGGCUCCUGAUGACGUCGGGAGAUGUGAGGAUAAUCCGGAUCUGGGACACGGAUCGGGAAAUGAAAGUACAGGACAUCCCCACUGGAGCUGACAGCUGUGUCACCAGCCUCUCCUGCGACUCCCACCGCUCGCUCAUCGUGGCGGGGCUGGGGGACGGCUCCAUCCGCGUGUUCGACAGGAGGAUGGCCCUCAGUGAAUGCCGGGUCAUGACCUACCGGGAGCACACGGCCUGGGUGGUGAAGGCCUACCUGCAGAAACACCCCGAGGGCAACAUCAUGAGCGUCAGCGUCAACGGGGACGUGCGGUUCUUCGACCCCCGCAUGCCCGAGUCCAUGAAGGUCCUGCAGAUCGUCAAGGGGCUCACGGCCCUCGACAUCCACCCCCAGGCCAACCUCUUUGCCUGUGGCUCCAUGAAUCAGUUCACUGCUAUCUACAACGGGAACGGGGAGCUGAUCAACAACAUCAAAUACUACGACGGGUUUAUGGGACAGAGAGUCGGAGCCAUCAGCUGCCUGGCCUUCCACCCUCACUGGCCCCACCUGGCCGUCGGGAGCAAUGACUACUACAUCUCGGUGUACUCGGUGGAGAAGCGGAUCAGAUAACGGCGAGCGAGCGGGUCGGGGCAGGGCCUCCUGUACAUAGUGAAAUCAUCGACUUGAAUGUUUCGUGUUGGCUGCUGCUGCACCCCAUAACUUGAACAUUUGUUUUUCUGACUUAGCUACUGAUGGGUUUGACAAGGGGAAGAGACAAUCUCCUUUUUUUUGUUUUUGUUUUGUUUCGUUUUCCAGCUAUAUCCUCUAAAAGCUACAGAAAAGGAACAUUUAUUUUUGUUUCCAGUGGUUGGCUUCUCUGUCAGAAACACAGCUCCUGAGCUUGGAAGGACUUGGAUGAGGCAACACCCUUGAGAAGGGUCUUGGUUUAGUCUUUGUUCCUUGUUUUGCUGGAGCGUAGGUUGCUUCAAGGACUAAGUCAGGACUCACCUACAGCUCCAUGGGACCCUCCCGCUGCUGCCAACCCUGUGCCAAACAGAAUUCCUGGGACAGGGCAGCGAGACCUGAGCUGUCUGUCUGCAUGGGAUGUACCUGCUCCUGCACUGCUGAGCGGGGCAAGGGAGGCAGGGAAGUGUCUCCUCUGCAUGAACCUCCUCCUCCCUCCCUGCAGCGUCCUCUCCACUGGAAGCAAGGACAGAAGGUGACCUGGUGGCCCAGGGAGGCAGGAAUCCUGGGGGAAGGUGCUCAAGGAGAUGAGAAGAGCAGGGCAGGAUGCCCCACACUGUAAGGCUGCACAUGAGGAAGAAGAGGGAAGGAAGAGAAUGAAGAUCUCCAACGUCCCAAGCCUGGAGCAAAUCACUUGUGUCACCACAUUCCACCCAAGCCCACAGUGCUGGUGGGGAGCCCGGGACACCUUGGCACUGUCCCUCCUGCUGCCACUGUCCUUCUGCCCACAGGGAACUGCACAGACACGUCUGGUCCCCUGGGAGCUCUGCCCGGGCAGCGAGGGGGCCCCGGAGCCAGUCCAUGAGCAGGUGGUCACCGAGGUGGUGGUGAGGGUCUGGACACUUGCAGCUGCACACACUGUGUGGCCACGGCUGUGGCUUGUCUGUCCCUGGAACUGGGCAUGGAACCACCUGGGCUGAGCAUGAGAGAAUCACUAAGGAGGGGGAAGACAGCAGGUCACCUGCUUUGAGCAAAGCACCUUUGUCACAGCUAUCCAGGGAGAGCCUGCUCCGUCUUCCGCACCUUCCAUGUCUCAAUAAUGAAUGUUUUUGUCCCUUGGGAUCCAUGCAGGGUCUGGAAAUGGGUGUGGGAAGGGGGAGGCAAAGCCAAAGGACAGGAUUCCUUCCAGAGGUGGGAUGUACCUGGCUGAGAGCAGAACUUGCUCUGUGCAAAACUGACUGUGGCAACCUGCGAGGUCCAGAAAUUCCCAGUUUUUCUUCCAGCCAGUCUCAUGGGAUCUGCAGACUCCCAGCAAACAGCCAGCCAUGGUGAAGGAAACACUGGUGAGGGAAGGGGUGAGAAACCUUCUGUCCCUGUGCUGACGGUGACUUCACCUCUGCCACACCCCCUGUGGUGUGUCUGACCUGUCACUGCUGCUGCUGCCCCACGUCUCGUGUUCCUGUGUGUGCUGAGGCACCUGGGCCAGGGCCAGGGAGGUGGCCUGGUGGCCAUCCCAAGGUGCCACACACAUGUCAGGACUCGGGCUUGGGAGAGGGUCCUCAAACCACGGCCGGGCGCCGGGGCCUCACCGAGCGCUGUCCCCCGUGUCAGGGAGGCCAAGGGCCACGUCACAGGAUGAUGAAUCAAAGGCUUUAAACUUAAAAACUACCUAAAAAUCCACUUUUUAAGUUACCCAAAGUUAAUUAUGGUCUAACAGAGCUGUGCCUCUUCCCGACCCGCUCCGGCGCAGCCCCAGCGGGGUCCCCUCCAUGGGAGAGCCAGAGUUUGGGAUCACACGUAACCCAUUAACAUUCACAGCUUAAAAAAAACAAUAGAUUUUUAACUUAUAUCAGUGUAUUUGUUAAAGGACCAGGAAAUACCUGGCGAAAGGGGAAGGUGUGUGGUGGGAGCCACUGCUCCUGCCGGGCUCUGGUGCAGCCCCACAUCCAGGACGUGGGAUCUGAAGGAACUCGGGCUGUUGAGCUUUCUCCUGAGCGUGUGUGGGCUGUGCUUCCACAGGUCUGAUGCAGAGAUUCAAUCAUGGAGUUUAACCAAGGAUCUGGAGAGUGUCCUACCUUAAAAGUUCACUUAUCUCUAUUUAUUUUACAAAAAUAAGAUUUAAAAAAAAAAUAUAUAAAAAACCCCACACGAUUGUAAUGUGAGAGUAAAACAAUUACAGACAAAUAAAUGGUUAAUAAAAAAUAAAUGCAGAAACA